GAGACAGAGACAGAGGGAGAUGCAGUGGGGGAUGGGGGACUGCCAGAGAGUGGCUUAGGUUGCAUGUACCUGAUAAACACACUAAGAAGGGACGAGAACUACAAUAAAGUGUGUUUCUUCUUCUUCUUCUUCUUCUUCUUCUUCUUCUUCUUCAUCUUCAUCUUCUUCUUCUUCAAAAAGAAAGAAAGUGCUCACUCCGUCAGCUGGACUGCAUUUUUCCCCCCUCGUAUACCACAAGAGGAUAAUUUCAGAGUGUACUCAGUACUCUCACACACGGGUUUGGCUCCUAAGGCGGACUGAGGAAACAACUACAGCAGGAAUGACCGAGUUCUCAGACCGCUAGGCGAAAUUUCACAAAGUUCUUCACUCAAAACGGCUACAGCUUCAGUUCUGACCAACACGGAGAAUGCGCUGGCUGGGAUGCUAUCGGCUGGGACCCAAGUGGAAAGCGCUCCUGGUGUUUGUGGUCAUCGCCUUUGCAGGCCAACUCCUGGGGGUCCUUUUCAAUAAAAGUUGGGUGCAGCCGGAGCGGCCUCGGUCUCUGUUCUCUCUUUCGGAGACAGGACAGGGGCCUCCUCUUGGCUCUUGCAGGCCCCAAACACACAUCAUGUUCCUGAAGACCCACAAGACAGCCAGCAGCACCGUUCUCAACAUGCUCUACCGCUUCGGUGAGGAGCAGGGCCUGCUUUUUGCCCUCCCAAUGGGCUACCAGUUUGGCUAUCCUCUCCCCUUCAUAGCCCAGAGGGUCAAAGGGUACAGGGGUCCCCAUGUAGCCAAGUUUGACAUCAUGGGGAACCACAUGCGCUUUUACAAGCCAGAGGUGGAGAAAGUCAUGCCUGCAAAUACUUUCUAUUUCUCCAUUUUACGAGACCCUGUGACAUUAGCCGAGUCCUCCUAUGCCUAUUACAAAAAUGUUGCCCCUGCCUUCCGGCGUUCAAAGGGACUAGGUGACUUUGCAGAUAACCCGAACAAAUACUAUGACCCCCGGCUGCGCAACAACCACUAUGCUCGCAACCUGCUUUGGUUUGACUUUGGCCUUGAUCACAAUGCUAACUACUCCUUGGCUCUUGCAAAACGCGGUGAAGCAGCGGUACGACGCAACUUUAAACUUAUCCUUUUGUCUGAGUACUUUGACCAGUCCAUGGUGCUGCUCCGACAUGCUCUUUGCUGGCCUCUGGAUGCUGUUGUAUCCUUUAACUUGAAUGCCAGACAGCAGAUAUCCAAGAGUAGGUCAGGCUGGGUGGGAAAUGCCGCUGCUCCAGCAUCUUUAGCACUGACAGAAGAGCAGCGUCAGAAGCUGCGUGAGUGGAAUGCCCUGGACUGGCACCUGUACCAAGCCUUUAACAGCACUUUCUGGUACGAGGUGGAGAGAUUUGGACGAGUGAGGAUGAACACUGAGGUGAACUUAUUGAGGAGUAGACGUGAGGUUCUGGCCCGUGUAUGUCUGCGUGAUGGAGGCCGGCCGGUUGAAGCUAGCCGCAUUCGGGACAGGGCCAUCCGUCCCUUCCAGAGUGGCCUGGUGAAGAUUUUGGGGUACGAGUUGCAGCUGGGUCUGGACAAUGCCACAAGGCAAGCCUGUCUGCGUAUGAUUAGGCCAGAGAUCCAAUACAAGGAUCUGUUGGAUCUCCGACAGUUUCCGCGUGCCCAGCAACUUCCAGGAGCAGCAGUGGCUGCAGUUGGGCUUGCUGUUAAGAAGGAUUUGUCACCUCAUAGGACUGGACAUCAUGCCGGAGAGUCAUUAGAGAGAGAUUGGGAUGGAACCAUACUGGUCCGUAAUCAAUCCCAAGAACAUGUGGACAUGGGGAAACUGAGAUAGUGAGUGAAACAGCCACAGUUUUUCCUGAUUUAUGGCUCCACUGGGCCUGUGCACUGGACUACUCAGAGCCGGAGUUAGAUCCUGACUUGUAAGACUUGCUCAGCUUCUAAACUUCUCUUCAUCCUGCCCUUUUUAGGUAUCAUGCAUUAAAUCAUGUGAUUUGGAUGUCAGUGUGUAAUAUCACUGUAUUGAGGUAUGCAGUGGUACAAAUACAAUGCAAAUGGCCCCAGUAUACAGCAGUGGGAAUGAUGCAUGCUGGGUGAAGUGUGAUGCAGCUUGUUUACAUCAUGGUGCAUGGUGUCGGAUUCUUUUGCUGCUUUCCUUGAGCUGAGAUGGUACGAAAGCAUUUAGAAUGCUAUCCAUUGUCUCUCACUCCCACAAACACACUUUACAUUUCAUUUCACGCUCCGUCCCACUCACUGACAAUUGUGGCAUUGAGCCACAUAGCACUUUUCAGAUUGACACUGCUUCCGUGCCUAGUGAUGGUGCUGAAAUAGAGCGUAAAGCCAUCGACUGGAGUACAAAUACCACUAAAGCAGAACCAUAGUUCCCUUACUGUCUGGCACAAAUCUUGGAAAUAAAUGGAAUGAAAAUCAAUGACAUUGCUUUGGGUGUCAGCAAUUGAUUUAUGAUCAGUACAUCACAGUAGCAGUUAGCUUUUUAGUGCAGGACUGCAGGAGGAAGGCUCACUGUUUGGAAUACUACAGCACAGUCCCUCCAGGAUUUUACGAUUGCUGAAAUGAAUUCAAAUGAAUUAUUCACGUUCGUCGAACAUGAGUGCAGCUAAUACAGUCUCAUUUACCAACAAAAAUCACUGCGAAAGAUUGUGCAAAACAAUUUUGUUUUCAAUUAAAAAAAAACCUCUGCAUAUUGCAUCACAAAUUUAAAGAAUAAAACGCAGUAAAAUCAAGCAUUUUUGGCUGCAACAAUCACAAAAAAAACUACGAAAUCCUUUUUGGACUGCUACAGCCCUUUUAUUUUGACAUUGGUUACCAUAACAGGGCUUGUCAUGGUCAUAGCAUUGUAUCAUGGUGCAUAUUACAUAAGCUACAAAAAAUGUCUCCAGUUGAUGACACUGAAAUAACUGAGCAUAAAUUAAAUGUGUAAUUGGCUGUUUUUGGUCCAUCAGAUGGAAAGAUGGAAUGGGCUAUUUGGCUCACUGUAAUCUACCUCUUGGCUCCUGUCAGAGGUUCUUGUCUCUUAUUUAUGCUGCAUUUUUGAAUAUCUGUGUCUAAAAUGGUUAUAUAUUUAUUUUACAUUCCAGAGGAAUUUGAAUUAGAAUCAUUAGUAAAGACCUAGUGUACUUAAACAUUAGUGUAGUAUUACCAAUACUUUUCAGUGUUUUAUUCAUUUUUUUAUGGCAGUGAACAGAUACCACUUAACAGACUUGAUGUAGGUAGACUUGUGCAUGAUUAUGCUGAGGUUUUCUAGCGAAAUUGGAGUGACAGAGAUGAAUACUUUGCAGAUGGUGAAUGUUAACUGAAUACAAGAAAGCUAGAAUGUCCGUAAAUAAUCGAGUACAUAUCUGUGCCCAAAUCUAAAAUCCAAAAUGUUGUGAUUUUGCCUUACUGUAUGAAACAAAUUGGAACAGGGCUUGAUUAUUAAUGCUUGUUGUAUUCAUGUUUUUUCCUUCUAAAAAACUAAUCUUAAUGUAUGUAAUGUAUUUAUAGUUUCCUGAAAAUGCAAGCGUCUCAAUCUUGUGGUAUGCAAAAUGACGGUAUGUACAUUUGGUAUGAAUUUGACUGAAUGCACUGCACAGCUUGAUAAAGUUGAACAUAUUAACAGGGCGUUCAGCUUCCAUGUUUAAAUUUCUAAGUUUAUAGCUUUUAUCAGUUCAAGCAUAAUUAUUAAAGCAGAACACUCCAUGUGUAGUCAUUAUAAUUAUAGUAAGUGAUGAUGUGUAGUGUACGUUAAAAUACUUUGUGCAUGUUUAUAGAUAGCAUUCACUAACACCUGUGUUUAAUAGGAAUCCAGAUUCAUCGGUUAUUGCCACAGUACAUCAUGAUUUUGUAUUUUGCUAUACUUUUCUAUAACAAAUUCACUUGGGCCGAGGGCAAUAUCUAUGGGGAAUAUUGGCGUCUGAGAAAAUCAAAACAAAAACAUUUCUAAUGUAAAUCUGUUAUAGAUUUUUUUUUUUCAUAUUCUAAAUCAAUAUUUAGAGCGAAUGUUUUGUAAAAGAUGGCAAAUAGUAAGGGGGAUUGAAAGUGUGUGCCAACACGUAUGCCAACAUAUUGCAUGAUGGAAAUCAAGUUGAAUACUAAUUAAGACUCCUUGGUCUCAACCAAAGCUUUGCAUCAUUAUAUUCACAAUGUUUGUACUGUAUAGGGGCUACCAUUUGUCAACCAGUAAAUACACAAAUACCUAACAGCCUUUAGGGGAUUGUAAGAAAGCAAUAUGAUUUAGAUGUGCUUCAGCCUUUUUGUCAACUCUUGCUGAAAUUGUUGUUUCUCUUUUUUUCCCUUCUUUUUUUGACAAGACUAAAUGAAGCCUUCAGCUCAAUUUGCCUGCGUCUGGCAGUUCCUAUUUGUUUUGUACUGACAUGAUAGCAUAAAAAAAACAGAGAAAUGGCUUUGUAGACAAAAACUGCCCUUUUUACUGGUCUGCUGGUGUUUCCAUUAUUCUGUUUACACCUGUAUUAGAUUGCUGCUCUGUCAUAAUUGAUCUCAAGAGUCGAUAUCUUACAGUGAAAGAUGGUACACAAAAGAAAACUUGAAUUUACAUUUACAUCACUGAUGCUAUUUCAGUUAAAGGUACACCAAAGAGUUGGCGAUACUUUUUAGUUAGGAAAUACAGAACCUGUGACUGUGAAAAUAUAAUUCCUAAGCUAUAAUUGAGAUGGAUUUGUUUUUUGUGUGUUUUUACUGUUGCUCUUAUAUCUGACAAAACAACCCCCUAAGGCACAGGAAGUUACAGAGUCAUUGGAGAUUGGAUGCAACUGACACCAAACAAAAUCUUAACAGGGAGAUGUCUAAGAAAUAUGAAGCAAGAAAGCUUUGCUGACCCAACAAACUUUUCUCAGUACCAGAAUCUUACAAUGCAUCCAGAAAGUAUUCACAGCACUUCACUUUUUCCACAUUUUGUUAUGUUACAGACUUAUUCCAAAAUGGAUUAAAUUAAUUAUUUUCCUCAAAAUUCUACAAACAAUACCCCAUAAUGACAACGUGAAAUAAGUUUGUUUGAAAUCUUUGCAAAUUUAUUAAAAAUAAAAAACAAAAAAGCACAUGUACAUAGGUAUUCACAGCCUUUGCGAUGACACUCAAAAUUGAGCUCAGGUGCAUCCUGUUUCCACUGAUCAACCUUGAGAUGUUUCUACAACUUGAUUGGAGUCCACCUGUGGUAAUUUCAGUUGAUUGGACAUGAUUUGGAAAGGCACACACCUGUCUACAUAAGGUCCCACAGUUAACAAUGCAUGUCAGAGCACAAACCAAGCCAUGAAGUCCAAGGAAUUUUCUGUAGACCUCCGAGACAGGACUGUAUCGAGGCACAGAUCUAGGGAAGGGUACAGAAACAUUUCUGCAGCAUUGAAGGUCCCAAUGAGCACAGUGGCCUCCAUCAUCCAUAAAUGGAAGAAGUUUGGAACCAGCAGGACUCUUCCUAGAGCUGGUCACCUAGGGCCUAAGAAGGGCCUUAGUUGGGGAGGUGACCAAAAACCCGAUGGUCAGUCUGACAGAGCUCCCGCGUGUCUCUGUGGAGAGAGGAGAACCUUCCAGAAGAACAACCAUCUCUGCAGCACUCCACCAAUCAGGCCUGUAUGGUAGAGUCGCCAAAUGGAAGCCACUACUCAGUAAAAGGCACAUGACAGCCCGCCUGGAGUUUGCCAAAAGGCACCUUAAGGACUCUCAGACCAAACAUUGAACAAAGAUCGAACUCUUUGGCCCGAAUGGCAAGCUACAUGUCUGGAGGAAACCAGGCACCACUCAUCACCUGGCCAAUACCAUCCCUACAGUGAAGCAUGGUGGUGGAAGCAUCAUGCUGUGGGGAUGUUUUUCAGUGGCAGCAACUGGGAGACUAGUCAGGAUAGAGGGAAAGAUGAAUACAGCAAUGUACAGAGACAUCCUUGAUGAAAACCUGCUCCAGAGCACUCUGGACCUCAGACUGGGACGAAGAUUCAUCUUCCAAGAGGACAAUGACCCUAAGCACACAGCCAAGAUAAUAAAGGAGUGGCUACAGGACAACUCUCUGAAUGUCUUUGAGUGGCCCAGCCAGAGACCAGACUUGAACCCGAUUGAACAUCUCUGGAGAGAUCUGAAAAUGGCUGUGCACCGACGCUCCCCAUCCAACCUGAUGGAGCUUGAGAGGUCCUGCAAAGAAGAAUGGGAGAAACUGCCCAGAAAUAGGUGUGCCAAGCAUGUAGAAUCAUACUCAAAAAGACUUGAGGCUGUAAUUGGUGUCAAAGGUGCCUUAAUAAAGUAUUGAGCAAAGGCUGUGAAUACGUGUGAAUACGUAUGCUUUUUGUUUUUUUAUUUUUAAUAAAUUUGUAAAGAUUUCAAACAAACUUCUUUCAUGUUGUCAUUAUGGGGUAUUGUUUGUAGAAAAUAAUGAAUUUAAUCCAUUUUGGAAUAAGGCUGUAACAUAACAAAAUGUAGGAAAAGUGAAGCACUGUGAAUACUUUCCGGAUGCACUGUAUACUUAUGCUGCAAAUUCAAUGUGAUAUUGAUACGCUGUCAUAAUGUGUUACAUUAUAGUAAAUUUACAACACAGUAAAUAUUUACAAUACAGUAAAUAUUCCGUUUGAACCAUAGGAAAUUGUGUAUGAUAUUCUAUUUCUUUAUGUUACUUGAAUAUUGAGGUUUGGUUAGAAACAACUUUUCAAAAUACCUUUGUAAGUAUCUGGUCUUGGAUCAAUAGUUUACUUGUAUGUAUAUAAAUGGGAGAAGUGGUCCUGGUUGGGUUGAAUGGAAUAAAAAAAAUAAAAACUUUCAAUAACAGAAA